AACAACCUCGCGGAGCAUGGCGACCAACAGGUCUAACCCGGAAGAUAGACGAGAACCGGAUCAGGCCUUAAGUAAGAUAGCCUCGGGACAUAAAUAGCACAACGCAACAGAUUCAAAUCUACCCUUGCUGUUAAAAGAGAAUUCCGUACAUUACCAGAUCACCAUGACAACUAACUGGCAGCCAACGGCUGAUGACCUGGAGUCCAUCGCAGCGGCCAAAACAGCCUUCAAGCAGGGCAACACGAAUGAUGACGUCAUCAAGUUUUACUCAGAGUGGGUCAAAGAGGGAAAGUAUCAGAAGGACACGGAGCCUGAGCGGUACCGGGCCCACAUCCUGGCCUGUGAAAAUAUCGAGAACUACUACCCCGGAAGUAAGGAUGAGGUCAAGGUCAUCGAUAUUGGCGCUGGGACCGGCCGCGUGGCGGUGGAGCUUUUGAAGAAAGGUUUUAAGGUCAUGGACGCCUUAGAACCCACGGCUGAGAUGUUAGACGAGGCAAAGGAACAGAACCUGUAUAAGAACUAUAUGCAGCUUGGUAUCGGCGCUGACAGACUCCCUAUAGACGACAAUACCUAUGACCUUGCAAUCGUUUCCGGUGCUAUGGGUGAAGGCCACAUCCCUUGUGAAGCGCUUCACGAAAUGGCUAGAAUCGUCCGGCCAGGCGGGAUCAUUUCCAUAUCCAUGAGAGAAGAGUUCCUGGACUCCUGCACCGACUAUAGGGGGCGUCUCGAGCCUUUGAUGAAGAAGAUGGAAGAGGACGGAGAAUGGAAACUGGUGUCACGUGAAAUUAGACCGAAUUACUACUGUGGAAAAUCUGGCUUAGUGUAUCGAUAUUCCCCUUGUUGAAUAAGCUGAUUGAAUGAAAUAUAUUAGGCAUUUAUUCUAGAUAUUUUUGUGAGAGAGCUGGGAUAUUGUAAUGAGUUGUCGAUGAGAUGGUGCAGCGUAGCGCUCCUCUCUGGGUUCGUCCACUGCCUUCUAAGGCUCAACUUCCGCUGUCUGACACUGCCCGCUAAGGCCCAACUUCCGCUGUCUGACACUACCCGCUAAGGCCAAACUUCCGCUGUCUGACACUGCCCGCUAAGGCUCAACUUCCGCUGUCUGACACUGCCUGCUAAGGCUCAACUUCCGCUGCCUGGCACUGCCCGCUAAGGCUCAACUUCCGCUGUCCGACACUGUCCGCUAAGGCUCAACUUCAGAGGUCCGACACUGUCUGCUAAGGCUUAGCUUCCGCUGUCUGACACUGCCCGCUCUGGCAACUGCCGUCUUAAGGGACGGCAGAAAUAAACUUCAAUGCAAGAAUCCUAUGUCAGCAUUUUUUUCUUUGCGAAGAGUUCUAUUUUAGAAACAGCAAAGUUUGAUAAUUUCAUAAACAGACAUGUGGACAGGGACCUAAUAACACAGCUAAAGUUUUAAAAGAUCCCUGUGUUUUAGUUUGGUGGAUAGCGUUAUGUAACUGAACAGGUCUCUGACACUGGGGGAUUUUUACAUACAGAUAUCACGCUUGUAGUGAUUACAUAAACUGAUGUACUAAAGCGAGUUCGCACCUGAUGUUUUGGGAAAAUGUUCCAAAAGAUUACGUAAAUAUUUUGAAAAGCGUUUUGAGUGGGACUCACAGGGCACAGACGCUGUGCACAUGUUUACAAAACACUAAAUGUGUAUUUUCUGUUGUACGUCAGUUUAUGUUAGCUGGAAUGUUGUGGACUGCGGCGUUAAACAUCAUUCAUUCAUGGUGUGCUUGCAGUACAGAACAUCACACUUUUAGUCCAGAUAAUAAGUAGGUUUUAUUCCAGUUUGCGCUCCAGCAAACAUUCAGUUAAUUCUUGUUUUCUUUUUUUUCCAGUUAAUGUGGAAUAAACAAAGCCUUUUUAGAAAGUGAGUGAGCGUGGUUUUACGCCGCUUUUAGCAAUAUUCCAGCAAUAUCACGGCGGGGACACCAGAAAUGUGCUUCACACAUUGUGCCCAUGUGGGGAAUCGAAUCCGGGUCUUCGGCGUGACCAGCGAACGCUUUAACCACUCGGCUACCCCACCGCCCCUUUUAGAAAGUGGUUAAAUGUUACGUAUGGUAUAUUUAGGAUUAUACUUUCUUCGUGUAGUACAGUUUCUAGUGCUUUUGGGGGUUGAGUUCUAUACGAACUACUCACAAUAUGACAAGGAGACACGUGAAUGACACCUGGGCCACAAAGUGAUUGUAGCACUACGACUCCUAUAAGCAUAUGAUAAGUAUAGACCGCCAGUGCAAAAGAAUACCCAGUCUUGCCUAUCCUCCGUCUUGGUGUGAAGGGACGAGGGUAGGACAAAAUCCCACCCGGACAAAAUCCCACCCAGACAAAAUCCCACCCGGACAAAAUCCCACCCAGACAAAAUCCCACCGACACACUCCCACGCGGACAAAAUCCCAACAGUGGGAAAAUUGUUUACAAUUUAUUUUAAAUAGAUAUUGUUAUUUUUCCUAAUAAAUAUGGGAUUUUGUCCUAUGUUGAUAAUUUUGGUGCGGGAUUUUGUCCGUAGAAAUUUUGUCCGGUAUGGGAUUUUGUCCGUCCCCCGGAGGGACAAUGGCUGUUCAAAGUAUAUGAGUGAAUCACUGAAAAUCAGUUUUGUUUGUUUGUUUCUUGUUUAACCAGACAAUCAUCAUCAUGAGCAUCGAUUUACCUAACUGGGAUACGAUGACAUGUGUCAUCUAAGUCAGAGAGUCUGACCAUCCGAUCCGUUAGUCGCCGCUUACGACAAGCAUGGGUCACCCACACAAGGUGUACCUACCGGCAUAGGCGGAUCCAGAGGCGGGUUGCAGGAGUGCGCACACCUACUUUUGUCCUGAAGGUUUAUCAAAUGACUGGUUUCACAUUUUCAACUUUCUCAUUAUGACCCGUAUUCAGUAUACUAGUAUAUAUGUAUUUUCAUGUUUCCUGGUGUGUAAUACAAUUUGUAUGAUUACAUUGUACUCAGCAUUAAAGAAGGUACAGCAGUGUU